GGCAAAGGAAGAAGCGUCGGAUGAGACCGUCAUGCCCGCUGAGAUCGACACGGGCGGGCAUAGGGUGCUGCACUGUGAUUCCCAUGCCGACUGCCCGACUGCGUUAUCGAUUCACGUGUCGUCUUCGCCGAACGACGGGUGCCGAACCGUAAAUUUGUCCGUCAGGAUUGACGAUGACGAAUCGAACGAGCCGCAGAGAAGAGCUCCGAAAGAUCGACCACGAAGAACGACUGGAAAUUGCGUGAGAAAAGCGGAGCCGUUAGAUUACAGGCGCGGAAGUCCGUCAUCUAAUCGCGAUGAAAGUUCACCCACGAGGGUUCCGAGAAUCGGUGACGAAGAGGAAACGAUCCAAGGAGGACGUGACUUCCUGACAAAGAGUGGCGCGUUAACGCAGCCGUCACAUCGGCGACGAGGAGGAAGAGGAGGAAGAGGAGGAAGAGGAGACGAAGUCGAAGACGGAGACGGACUCCUCGGAGCAUGUCGCGUGUCGAGGAAAUUCCCGCGCGCGAACGAGGAUGUCACCAAGGACGAGAGUUCCUCGGUCACAUGGGACUCGCGAGAGGACACGGGCGACGGAAUCGAACGAGCGGAAUCGCGGCUACGCGAUGAGACGGAGCGAUAUCUGCUCGCGAUAGCGCCCACGACAAAGGGAAGCUCGAUCGCGAAGCGUCGAAGUCUCCGGGAUCGAUCCCGGACGAGACUGCGGCGGCCGUCGUUGUACGGGAGUAAAUCUCUCGACACGGAUCCGACCGAAGUGCAUCACCCGCGAACUGCAGAAGGUAAUUCUCUUCUCUCUAGUCACCACUCGCGUACUCGCGCGAAGGCGGAAAUCUAUGAGAACGAUUAUAAAGAUGUCGCCGAGGGGUUUCUCAGCGAGAAAUUCAGUAACGACACACGGACGAAUGAAAGCGAACGAUUGGACGGUUCGGGACGACGCGAUGAACGUUCGGAGGACAAGCGGAGCAAGAGACUCGGUCAGGAUUCUACGGACAGGAAGCCGAUCAGUCGCGUUUGCUUUUUCCUGCAACUGUCUUGUCUCCUCUUCCUCGUUGUGUUCGGACGGUACGGGUUGCUCGGUUCGUCCAGUGUGUUUAGAGUCAGUGCGAGGCCAAUCACGAACGGCUUAAGUGUUUUCGGAAUUAUCGGUGCAGUGAAUGCGAGAUCAAUCGAUAUGAUCGGCGACGCGGGCACUCGGGCCGAGAGAUCGGCCAAUCUCUCCCACAUCAGCGGAACCUCGAGAAAAAUACAAAUGUAUAUCAUGAAUCGGCAUUUGCAAAUUCUGCCGGACGGUACGGUGAACGGUGCCAAGAACGACAGCUCGAUCUACACCAUCGUUCAAAGAUUAUCGACGGGGAAAGGAAAAAUAAAUAUCCAAGGUAUAGCGACCUGCCUUUUCGUCUGUAUGGAUGUUUGCGGUUUACUUUACGGCGCGCGCAACGCCACAAAAGAGUGUGAGUUUAACGAGAACCUGGAGCAACAUAAUUACAACACGUACAGUUCAGUACGGUGGUCAACAGCAAAGAAAACGCUGUAUAUCGGUCUGAAAUCUAACGGCGAAUCGAAGAAAGUACAAGUCAGAGGUCAGCUGGGUAAGCUGUCAACUAAUGUCCGAGUACUGACGCAGGUGAUCUCGCCUGAUCGCCUGGAGACCAUGCUGAACCAGCACAAGGUGCGUCAUCACUGUCAUCAUCGUCGUCAGGUUUGCGAUAGCGUGGCGCAGCCACCGGUCUGUUCCACUCCGCCACCCCGGGAGAAGGACGGCAGAGACAGGUUCAGAUGCCGUAAGCGAAAGAAAAGGAGAAAGCGGAAGCGAAGGUGCAGAUCGGGCGAGCAGCCUGGUCCCCAAUGCCAAGUCCCCGAGGAAUCGAUCGUAGAAUCAGUAACGAACGUCAUCGAGGCGUCAUCGGAAACGGAGAUGAUCAGCGCCAACAGCACCACGCCGGAAUCCAAGAGAUCCUGCGAGGGAGCGGCCAGCGAGGAGGCCUGCAGGCGACAGGCCCUCUCGGUGCCGGCGAAGAAGCGGAAGUCGCGGAUAGACGACGGCGGCAGGAACCUCACUCUCAACGGUAAGAACAAAGCACCAACGUCAAAUGCGAAAAAGCCAAACAUCAGCGUCGCCGAUAGUCAAAGUAAAAAGCCUGAUUUAACGGACGGAAAAAAGAAGAAGAAGAAGAGGACGGGUCCGCAGCAGACGAGACGGUGGAGCACGGUGGCAUCGCCAUCCCGGAAGCUGUACGGGCCUGGCACGACUUCCUCGUCCCGGACCUCUUCGUCGCUAACGGCGCCCGUCAGCGAGGAGCAGCGGGCCUCGACAGCCACGUUGUCCUCUUCGCCGUCUCCUCGUGGUGCGUCAACCGCUCUUUUUUCCAUCAGAAGGCCGAGCUCGUCACCGUUUGAUCAUAAAAAGCCAUCGCCGUCCUCGAGGAAUCACCUCGCGAGACCGAUGAAUUCGCGUAAGGUAGAAAAGCUUUCUCCGGGUAAUGCGGGCUUGCCAGUUCGACCGAGGUCGAUACCGACGAUAUCGACGACGUCGAGGAGCGAAAUAGCGUCUCCAGUGUUAAUUACCAAAGUUCCUGAAGAUAGAUGCACCUAUACUACAACUCCUCUGCCUCAAUUUUCGCCAGUUCCCUCUUCCUUGUCCUUACUCUGGCAGGAGGAAUCGGACGAGGACUCCUCGGGUUCGCUAUCGUACCCCUCGCUCGUCGACGAGGAAUCGUCCUCGACCGUCAGGAGUGAGCUCGCAGUAGAGUCCAGCACGUUGGCAGCCUCCGACAAAGUGGUCGCGGAAGCUACGACGUUUAGUCUGGACGAAAAGAAUUACGAGGACGGCGAUUUCGACAAGGCCGAUACGAUCCUGCGGACUACGACAAGAUUACCGUUAGAGAGACUGGCGAUGUGACGUCCUCCGGACGGCCAAAGGCUGAUUCGUGCGCAAAUGUCAUUGUAAACUUACGUGUACAUAGCAAUCACUCUACGUUACGACUUAUUCCACAUUCAUGUGACAAGCAGGUGACACACGUGUGUCGUGCUUGAUACUCGCAGUAUAAGGAGACCGAUAUGGUUGCAGUUUCGGUGAGCUCGAAUUAAUUUCUAUGUUCAAGUAUGUAAACACUUAGAGAAAUUAAAUUGAAUAUAAAUUGAAAUUAAAAAUGAACAAAAAAUUAAUUUUUAUUCGUCGUAUUAAAUUUUAAAGCUCAACCAAUCAGAUUUAAGUAUAGAUAAAUUUAGAUAAAGAUAAUAUAUAAAAUUAAAUUAGGGGGACAUUAAAGGCAUUCUUUUCGUUAACAUAAUUAAAUUUUUUGAUUAAUCUAAAUAUAUUAUUUUGAAAUUUAAAUUCUACAUAUAGCUACAUGUUUUUGUAUAUUAACAACUCCGUUCUUAAUUAAAAACGCAAUAUAAUUACGUGUAUGAAGAUUGCAAUCUUCAUUUUAAAAAAACAACGAUUUUUUAUUUACAAUUUUUUUGAAAUCUCUUAAUUAAUCUAAAGUUUAACUCUAAUAACAUUAAGAAAACAUUUCUUUAGAUAUUUUUCCAUAGAUUUCUUUAGAUAUAAUUUUACAAUAAAAAAAUUACACAAUUUAUAAUAAAAAAUUAUAAAAAAAAAUUAUUUAAGAAUUUGGUAAUAUUAAUAAACGUUAAAAAGAUAUUAAUAACAUUUUAUACAACGAAAAACAUUUGGCGCACAUUGAGAUAAAAAAUCCAUAACGGUAGUAAAUUGCGUUCACCGAAAUCGUUUCGAUAUCGAUCCCCAAAGCAUUUACGGUGAGAGACGCGGUUCGUGUCGAGAAUCGAUGGACAUUGGUCAAAAGCGAGAAAUUCCCGGUCGCGUUUGAACAGGACAAGAGCGUACCGGCCAAUGCGUGUCUCUCAUGCUCGUUAUCCAAAAGGGGUAAUUACCGGUGGCAUCGAAAUAAGAGAAUAUCAAACCGUCGGAUAACGAGCACGAAAUAAUUUUAAUCUCAAAGUACUUCCUGAUGGCAAAACAAGGCAUGCCAUAAUUGCGUGUCUUCUAGAUAGUGCCGCGAUUUCUUUUCCCAUUGGAUUUUAGAACAAAAUUAUUAGUUUUCGAUUCUACUGAUACAUAAUAAGUCGAUGUAAUGCAUGCAAAUGUGCCAUUUCUGAACUCGGAUAAUGUUUGUUUACCGAGUACUUUUAGAUCGAUAUCCUUUCUUAGGGAAACAUUUAAAUUCAAUACAAUUAUGUAAGAAUUUAUAGAUAAAGUCUGUUUAUAAAAUUUCGAAGAGCACUCUAUAUAUUGUUCUAAGAAUAUUUCAGUGCAUAAAUGAGCUAUUUAUUUUGAACGAAAUGUAUACUAUAUAUAUUUAGAAAAAAAAUAUGUAUUUCAGAUGUAACUUACAUUACUUUCAAAAUAAGUAGCUCAAUCCGAACAAUGAUAAUUUUCUUAUACAAUUAGAUGUCUUCGAUAUCAACAUCUUCAAUAGCUUUAACAACUACAAAGUAUUUCCAGCAUGACAAUUUAGGUAUGUAUCAUCAUCAUCAAUUUAGAAAUUAACGAACGUAUCCGUUUCAUUUUUGACUAAUGUUAUCAUUGGGCGCGAGAGUAUCACGAAAGUAUUAAAUGAAUUAUUUACUUAUAAAACAAAAUGAGUAAAGCAAAAAUAAGAGGUUAAUAAAUUUGCAUUAGCAGUAGAUUAAUAUGAAUGUAAAAAAAUAUAGACAAAGACCGCGCAAGAUAGAAAAUAAUAUCUGCGGAUUAUAAAACAUUGAUUCAAAUUAUAUAUUUCAUUUGAACAAUUAUUGAACAAAAUACUUUCUUGACAUGAACCGCUUUCAUCUCGCCGACAUAUCGACGUAGAAAACAACCUGUAUAUUACUGCCGAAUUUCGUCUUAACUGGCGCUAUUAGCGCAUAAAGAAUUAAUAACGAUAUUUUAGCGAGCGAGGAACGUAAGACAAUAAGAGACUUGAAAAAAAAAGGGAACGGAGUAUGGAUGAUGAAAUUAAUUUGACUUGCGAGCAUAAAAUACGAUUAUUCUCGAGACGGUGGAAUAGAAAACAAUUUAAUUAAGGAAACGUUCAAUAAAGAUUAUCUGUCUCGCGACGAAAUUACGCUUCACGCAUUUCGUCGAAAUGAAGCGAAGCGUUUUCAAUUACGCUUAGUAACGAAGAUCAUUUUUUUUAAUUAGCAUAAAUUACAUACAAAUUGUAGGACAUGGAAAAGAUAUUUCGAGAGCCACCUGUAACUGUCUAUGUUUAGGUAUCGCGAGCUUGAGAAAAUUUCUGCGAGCGAUUAAUCAAAUUGUAAGUUUGUCUCGCCAUCUCUCGCAAUCAAAUGCUAUAAAACGCAAUUUUUACGGGCGACGUAUGUGUAAUUUGGAAUGCGUAGAGUAAAUUUUGUUCGACGUAAUCUCAGUAUUUAUAAUGGAGCAAAGUGGAGAGAGAGAAAGAAAGAGAAUACUAGCUUUCUUAUGUUACCAAGGAGAUCGAUUAAUCAGGUCGACACAAAUUGCAUAUGCUGGUCAUUCGAGUUCCAUCUACUCGAUCGUUAUUCCUCGCGCCUCCAAUUUUAUUUCAAGAACUCGUUUCGCGACGGACUCGACAGUGCCGAUGUGAAAAUUACGAAGGACUUAUAAUUAGUUUCCAUUAUAUUAUAAUUACAAUUUGUUGUAGGCCAGAUUUCCAGAUUACAUGCAAAUAUACGGGAGAUUUAUCAUUAUACAAAAUAUUUUGCGGAGGAAAUUAUCGCGGACAAGUAGCCCGUACACUUAACUUUAAGAUCCAAUAAACUUUUAUGUAUUUAUACCAGAUCCCGCUUUCCAUGGCACUGCACGAGUUUCUCGUAACGAAAGCAAUGCUUAUUACUUUUUAAUUCUAUAUCAGCAAUUCAAUUUCACAGAAACGAUUAUCACAAAGAUAAAUAACUCCAAAGAAAUGUUUCUAAAAUGGAUUGAUUGGUAAUGAGAAAAAUUAUAACGUCAUAAGAUACGUUACUCAUUUAUAUGCAAAUAAGAGUAUUACAGGUCAACAAUCAAUUUGGAAAUUAUUUGAUUAUCGAGUGGUAUUUGAAGAACUCAUUUCGUUAAAUUAUAUUUAAUGAAAAAGCCAUCAAUGUCUCUUUGCUUCUCGAAGUAAAAAUUUCAUCAAAUUUAGAUAAGUCUGUUGGAAAAACCUCGCUGCGAAUUUUUCUUUUCUUUGUAGAAUCUAUUAAUAUGUAGCAUAUUUAUUAAAGACUUAUUUAUUGUAAACAGUUGACUCUUCGUGUACAUAAUCUACGAUCAUUACUCAUCAAUCACGCGCACCGAUCAUUUGUUCUAUGUAUGUUGUGUCUGUCCUAUAGGUACAUGAAUCCAUUGAAAAUAUCGUCGUUCUGCAUAUUAAUCUAAAUUUUAUGCAAAGUAAAAUAAUAUUCAUUAAAAAAGCAAGUUACUUCCUAUGCACGGCAGAGUACAUUAUGUCGUAUGUUUGAUAAUAGUUAAUGGCAAAGUGAGCCAUUACUUCCGCCGGAACUGAAAUUGGACCGACGUAUAAUAAUGUUCCUCAUUUAAAUGCAGCAUAUCAUAUCAUAUCAUAUAUAUAUAUAUAUGAAGUGUAACAAUAUACUACAGACUAUUUUUCUCAUUUAUGAAAAAUAGACCUGUAGUUUUAGCCACAGUAAAAUUUUUCUAACUAUAAUCCUCGGCAUUAUUAUGAAAAACAAUAAUGCAUGUAGCGCGAAAGAGUCAUUUAUCUUAAUGAAUAUAUUUCAAUUGUAUGUAAAAAUUAUUAUAUUUAUAAUUUAAAUUAUUUUUUUAAUAUUUUAAAUAAUACAGCAAAAAAUUGUCAUUUAUUAAAUCUGUUCGUGAUGUUACAUCCUAUAUAAUAAUGAUAACUAAUUUAACAGGUGCGAGACUAGAGUCGCAAAAACAGGUAUACUUUCGUAUGCAAUAACGUGCAUUUUUUCUAUAUUAAUAAUUCUCGCAAACUUCUAUAAUAGGAAAAUUUUUUAAUAAUUUAUUUUUGGUUAAUAAUUUCCGUGUGCGAUACUAUCUCAUAAAAAAAUUCAUAAACAUUUUAUAUUAUAUAAUGUUAUCUGCUUAAACAGCGGUUUUACUUCCUCACGGAAAGUUCCAAAUAUUUCCGCAAAAUUACAGUAAUGAUACGAGAUAUGCGGAAACUGAUUCCAACACAAAUGUUACUUAAAAAUGGAAAAUAACAUCCAAAACAGUUUGUCAUGAGAACUGAUUUCUGAUAGCAUAAAUAUAUCGGCAAAUAUGUGUAGACAGUCAAUAUUCAUGCAGAAUAGCUAAAUAAAAGGAAUGAAAAACAAUUACUUUCGCGGCUCCUCUCAUUUUGCAAUCGGGUGCCAUUAGUUUAAUAUACAAUUUCGCAGAUAUUUUCAACGGAUUCUGAAUAAUUUCAAUAAAGUAAGCAUGCUUUGGCGAGUGAGAUGAAAUGAGUGAUCCGACGAUUCUAAGAGUAAAAGACAACUCUUACGAGUUAAUGCUUAUGAAUUCAGCGGCAAGAUUUGUAAAAUUUGGAAAAGUGCACGUGGAUGCGCGAGUGCAACGCUUGUCAAGCUUAUCAGUUAAUUAUUAAAUUAACUGACUACAUAGACAAAAAAUAUGUAGUGUUGUUUUAUACAGUUACAUCUUCUAUUUAUUAAUUAUAAACAUAGAACAAUGUCACAUCGCUUUGAUUGUUACUACAAUAUAAACAUUUAAUUCCCAUUUAGGUCGCCGAACUAUUACGUUUUCAAAUUCUUCUACACUGAGAAAAAAAAUUACUUGAUUUAAUAAAUAUGUAAUUAGUACUAUUCGAAAACUAUUUUAUAUCAAACUAGUAAUGAUAUUUACUUCAAACACUAUACACUUGAUAUAAAUAAUUAUUUGAAUAAUACUAACAUAUUUAUUUGCACCAAGUAAUCUUUUUUAUCAAUGUAGUAAAAUAACAAAAUAUUUUCUAUAAACUUUUGUCUCAUUUAUUAAACGUCUAAAAAAUAAUUUAUAUAAUGAUAAAAAAUUAAAGAAAAGAAACAUGAAGUAUUAUACAACAUUGUCGUUUUUAAAAAAUAUAUCUAAACUAAACUUUUUUAAGGAUUAUGUUAUGAGAAAAUUGACGCGAUAAACUAUUAUUAGUAAAAAUGAUAUGCAGGCAUGACCGCAUCGUCGGCACAAUUCUGGAUUCAAAGGUGGAAACAGAACCAGUCUAGCACUGCCAUGUGUAAAAUGUAUUUAAUUUUCAUAGACUGAAACUAUUAUGAUCAUAGACAAAUAUUUUUAAUUAUUAAAAUGACAAAAGCGAGGGAAUCGUGCGCCGAUUGAAAUUUUAUCCGCGGAUAUUUACUGUAAAGCAGACACUUCAGACGAAAUACGUAAAAUAUCCGCCUGCAGGACGAUUUGUCCUCUCUUAACCAAAACAUAUCGCCAUUUUCAAUACUAUCUUGUGAUAUAAUUUUCAAUAUCCUGAUAAAAUCCUCGAUCCUUUUUCUCUUCUAUUCCCCUGAGAGGUACAUUUCUUAUCGUCAUCUUCGCGAAAGAAGAUAAGAAGCGAGAGAGGAAAAACGGGAGCGAAAAAUGAUGAAAAUUGAGUAAACCGAUUAAAAUAAAUUUCUGAUGAGCCAUCGAUCGAUCAAAUGCGCGCAUCUCGCCCGCUUAUCUUCUCUCUCGAAUCUUCUUGAAUGCAGAACCCAUAUCGUCGCCAUAUAAUUUUUAGAAGUAAUAAAAGAAAUAUAAAGAAAGGAUAUUAUUGAAUAUAACGCUGCGUUGUUAUUAAAUUUCAAUAUAUACCUCAUUAUGUAUUAUUAUUUAAACACACACACUCACACGCACUCACACACAUACAUUCCUAGAUAUAAAAUAAUUUCACAUGCACAUAAUCAUAUAACGAAUGAACAUCAUUUUCCCUUAUUUCAAUCUCAAUUAUUUAAAUUGUAUAGUAUUAAUUACGACAGUAUUUAAAAAUCUUUUGUAUUAUAUUUUGAGUAAUAUUUUAAAAAAAUGUAUUAAAUUUUACUUGUAUGUUAGGCACUAAAUAUUUCUAAAUGAAUCAUAUCAAUAUUUGUGAUUGCUAACAGAUUUCCAAUAAUGCAAAACGCAACACCAUUAAUUAAAUAAUUGUUUUUUUUAGAUUGAUGUAUCUUUAUCAAGGGAUUAUUACGCACAAUUUUAGCAUAAUUUAAAUAUAAUUAAUAAAAUAAAACAUUUGUAGCAGUUUACGGAGUGGCGAGGUAAGUGCAUGUAACAUAAACGCUUAUUACUUUAUUAAUACAAACAAUGCUUGAACAUUAAGCACAACUGUACAGAUCUUCGCAAAAAAAUUUUGUUGAGCCAAAGGCAGAUUGCAUAAAUUGGUAAAUAUGCUCUUGUGAUAAAAUCAGUUAUUACCAUAAGAUUACUCCUAAAUGUGUUAUGACUUACCGAAUAGUCAUUAUAAUAUUUUAUAUGUUAAACUGAUUAGGUAUUGGUACAGAAAAAAUUAUUACAUCAGAUUUAUCAAAACAGUCUGUGUGUUAUAUUACUCCUAAAAAAUUUAAAUGUAAAUUAGUAUGCAUGCUAUUUAAUUCAAAUUUCCUGGAAAGUCCGUAGGUGAUACGUAUAAAUAUUUCAUUAUUAUUACAAAUUACGAUUAUUUAUCAUAAGAUGAGCGAUUUAAUGUGAGAUAAGAGACUUUAUCAACGUCUUAGUAUGUAAAUAAGCUGAAACUCAUAGCACGGUUGUAUCGAACGCCGGAAACUAUUAUCCUGCGUGGCCCGCACACGUAUAGCUUGCAAGCAUGCAGAAAUAGAGAAUAUAGAGCGGCACUCACACCCCUCCCCUCUUUUGUUGUCUGCAUCUCCUCCCAUUGUUGUACCGUACUAUAAUUAAUGAUCGAUGCCACGAUAAGGUAUAAAAGUCGCCCCGCUACACACGGGAAAAGUACGUAGAUUGCGGUGCAUUGUCCGCUACCCUGUAUUUACGCAAUCUCCGUGCCCUUCAAAUAAUUGUCUCAUAAUAAUUGUAUUUUCCGUGCAAAAAUAAACUGCCGUUAAGAUA